UAACUUAAGAUUGAAAUCUAAACACAAUCUGAUCCAGCUAUGCAAUUAUUCCUAAGUUUUGUGUUAAUAGCUUAAAAAAAGAGCAUAUGAGAUCUCUGAUUUUAAAGCAAAAUCCAUCAUCUACACAGUUAUAUCUAUUCUUGAUAGAUCAUAGAAGAAGAAAUUAGAAUAUGGAUGGUAGUAAUUAUUUUGGAGAUUCAAACAUGGGAAAUGAAAGAGUAAGUGGAUCUUCAUCAUCUUCAAGAAAAGGGAAGAAAAAUAAUCAAGAUAAACCAAAGCAACCACAAAGAGGAUUAGGUGUUGCUCAAUUGGAGAAAAUUAGAUUACAUGGUGAAAUGGCUUAUGCUUUUCAUCCUCCUCUUCAUAAUCCUUAUCCAUCUAAUUUUAUCAAUGAAGAUCCAAGAGUGCAAACACCAUAUUCAUCUAUACCUUCUUCUUCUUCUUUUUCCUACUCAUCUUCUUCUACAUCUUACUCAGCUUCACAUGGUUUUCAACCAAACAUUGUGAUGGGCCAACCUCAAUAUGAAAGAACAAACAUCAUAUAUGGAGAAUCUCAACCAAUUGAUUCAUUAAGAUCAUGGGAACAUGCCAAUGCCAUUGCUCAAUCCAACACAACUAAACCAUUACUUAACCUAUAUGACUCACAAUACGUAGAUACCAAGAAGCAUAGAAGUGGUUCCACAAGCAGUCAGAAUUCAGAAUCAAGUGACACUCAAGAACCAGAUUUGGAGCUAAGAUUAUCUCUUUGAUCUGCCAAUAUAGAUAUGGUGAUUCUAGUAAUUGUAAUGCUUUUAUUUACAAUUAAUCAAUAGUUACAAAAACACAAUGAACAAGCCAGUGUGUUUGGUUUUUAAUUGAAGUUUCAUUGUGUGUUGAAAGAUAUAUAGAUUGAUUCAUUGCAUGAAAAAAACAAUGCAAAAUAUUUACGUUAGUUAGUGUGCAGAAUCAUGCUAAAAUCAUGAAUUUAUUGUGCUAGUUAAGGCUU